GGUAUUUCGAGGCUCUAAGUGUAACAAACCAAGUACAACAUUGUCCUAUCAAAUGGGAUGUAAAGCGAUAUUCUAGUGUUUCAAGAGAGCCACACCUUAUCUAUAGAUACGGACAGGGGUUAUUGUGAUUGGAUCAAACAUGAUAAGUUUGGAGAUUUCUUUAUUUGUUGAUGAAAGCUCCUUGGUCUUACAGUUACACAGCAUGCAUUUACAGUACAAUCCUGGGUACCAUCCUGGAAGUAGUUCGGUCCUAUGUUCGCUUCUGCUACCAUAAUCUGAAUAGCAGAUAAGCGACUGUGUAUAAUAGAAGUGGUCGCUAGAAGCGACUGUAUAUAGUGUAUAAUAGAAGUGGUCGCUAGAAGCAACUGUAUAUAGUGUAUAAUAAACGUCGGAGGGAGAAGCGACUGUAUAUAGUGUAUAAUAGAAGUCGGAGCGAGAAGCGACUGCAUAUACUAGUAGUGUAUAAUAAACGUCGGAGCGGACUACUAUCCGGAUGGUACCCAGACUAGUGUGUGACCGCUUAUGUGAUGCAUAUAAAUCUUCUUUUUUUUUCAGGAGAAUGAUGUCAUGGCCUCUUAUCAACGUGACCUUUUAGUUCUAGCGUGCACAAGCCGUGCCACCUGAGGGACAUGGAGAUAUAAUAAAUCUUUUAUUAUGCGAAAAGACAUAUGGUCACGACAGUGACAAGCAACGGACAAUCGUUGACACCCCAUAAUACUGUACUAACUGAUUCGGACAAGCAUCAAGCUUUACAGAGCAACACUGGUAAUAAGUCUCCUGAAAGUAUGGCGCUGGUGGCAAGGUUAACUUCGCGAUUGAGCGCUAGAUUGCUAGGUUUCCUAGUUUCGCUACUGUUUCUUGUGCUGAUCAACUAUGCACACUUCGGAGUCCUGCUUCGCUACUUCUGGCCAGAGAAACCUCCCGUUAACAGAGAGAGUUGCACCUGCCAAUGCUGGGACACCAUCUUCAAAGGCACGUACGAGACGGGCAUGGGGCACUACAAACACCUGUACUUCAACGUCACGUCGCAGACUCUGAAGAUAUGGACGGUAACGGUCGCCGCUGUCAUGCUGACGUACGAAUGCGUCACUUACGUCGUGCACGUCGCGCUGACGAGCAAGAUCAGAGCGUCGAUGUUCGUCCUCCUUCUGGCAGUCGUUCACUCCCACUACUACUCGUGGUGGGUUUUCCUCGGGUAUUACAACGACGAUUUCUACUCGCAGUGGUGGCAUCAGCUGGUCUUCACGUGUACAGAGAUGAUGUCUACGGUCCUCGUGCUGAAGCAACUAGACCAAGCUGUGCCUCUGUCCCCUCGACUGCUCCUGGGUACCGCUGGUAUCGCCGCGUUUCACGUUCUUGCAGCGGGGAAAGACCAGUUCAUCCAUAACGUCCUGUUGAGGCAGGGGGAGUUCCACCAGGUGUACAGGGACAGUGCGUUAAUGGUGUCGGAUGUGGUGUACCUGGUCGUGACGUCAGCAGAACUAGUGCGGCUGUGGUGCUGUGGGGAGUGCUCCAGGGAUGACGUCAGGAUGCUGAGGCGUGACGUCAUGUUCUGCGCUGUCGUCAUUUUUGGACUCCUCGCGAUGUUGUCUUUCCUUUGA